AUGCAGAAAUCAAUCAAAGUUGAUGACUACUUUGAUAACGAUGAUAAUGGGUUGUGGUCUUGGUAUUUGUCGCAUAUACGAAGUGGUGAUUUCGAAGAGUUUAGUAGAAACAAGCUGAAAGUCACUUUGCUUAGAAGAUUUUUGAAUAGUCAUUUUGAUUCGAACAGGAGUCAUUAUGGACAGAACACGAAGAUUUUAUUUGUGUCUAUCCCAGAUAAAGUGCAUAGGGAUCUAUCCUUACUCGAAAAUUUUCUAAGGGACUAUUUUCAUUUGGAGCACUUGGAGCAUAUUGAAAUUACUAAACUGACCCAGUCGCCAGUUUAUAACCAUGAGAAUCAUUACAUUCUAAUUGACAAACUGAACAAUUUUGAUGACCCAACUUUUCUUCAGUUCGCGAGCACUAGGUGGCAGCAGCAAUUGUCAAAUCAGCAGAGUAAUAGAUUAUCGGAUAGGCAAUCAGGGAGUAUACCGAAUAACGAUUCAAGUGUCGAAUUUAAUAAGAAACCAUGUGGCACCGUUACGGAGAGAAGUCGAGCUGGAUCAUUGAGUUCGUUCUCAGCGAAUAGUGGACCUUCUGACCUGGGCAGCGAUACUGGUGGGCUGCAGAAUAUUGAAGUAAGGUCUAUUCAGUCCGAGAGUACUGCUGGUCAAUUCAAUCAAAUACCCAUCAAUAGCAUAAAUGAUCAGGAUGAUGAGAAUGAAUCGAUUGUCUUGGAUUUUUCUCAUUCAUUACUGCGAAAACAAAUGGAAGAAAAAAAAUCGCAAGCACAAAGGAUAAGACAACAGGAGUACAGUGCUGACACCAAUCAAACCAUCACCAACUUGCAUACUAAUGAUAAAGAUACCAACGCAUCGGAUAUUUACAGUCCUGCCAUCUCGGAGAACGUGUCGAUAAAUAGCUAUGAGGACGAAAGCAUGCGGGAUGGGAGUGAUAGUAUCACUGCUAAAGAUAGCUAUUCAGGUCAGCCACUGGCUUUAACCACUACACAUUACAAAGAUGAUACCCAGGGCAGUUCCGAUGACUCCCAGGAGGAGAAUAUAUCGGAACUAUCCAGUGUUAGCAGGUCUAUGAAGAGCCUUGGGUCCCAAACAUCUCUUGGUGACAAUAAUGACUAUGAAAACAAUAGUGACUCAUCAGAUUAUUCUGUGGUCUCCAUCUUACCUUCCAUUUCAAUAAGCGAUGCUCGUGGUCAUUACAGGUUGGUCAUGCAAUCUUCAUUAUUGCAAGAUCCUGAGACAAAGGAGAUAUACACGGCCAUCAGGCAAUCCAACAAUCAACCCACAGUUGCUGAUGUAGAUGAUGAUUGGCUACUCUACGAUUCUCAAUUCUCGAUGAACAAUUUACAAAUGCUAACAUUACAGGAACUGUUGGACAUGAAUCGAUCUUUCCCAAAGAUCAUCUUUUACAGUAUGAUCGUUGUUUCGGAUGAACAGCAAGAAUUGUUGCAAUGGAGCAAUGGCAUGACACAAAAAGAAGACACAGCAGACGCUUCGUCCAGCAUACCAAGGGCAGAUUCUUAUGCUUCUAUGUCAAGGGAUCCUCAGCAAUUUUAUGCUAAUAUGGAUGAUGAUGAUACCUCGUUAUCGGAGCAGUCAGGCCCCAUGAUGUACGCUCCUACUAGGUUGCAGUCCAACACUAGCACAGCGCACAGGUCUAUUCGUACCGUCAACAGUAUCGGCGAUUGGGCAUUCGUUCAUAAGAACGAAACGAAGCGUCAAGGCAGUCAUCGAGGUUCGACGAGUCAGGCCGGAGUUUCUGGAGUGCAGUUUGAUUCAGAUAACCAGAAUCUUCAAUUCUUGCAUCCCGAACGAGUACAUUCGCGGAACGGGUUAUCCAAAGUCAGCACCAUGGCAUCACUAAACCCUGUGGAGAGAUCCAAAAGUACCCCGCUGCCUGUGAUUCUUAUAUCAUUCAGUAACCUUGAUGGCGAAUCCAAGCAUUGGAAGGAUAAAAUUACAACAUUUAGACGUAAGAAGAACCAUAGACAGCAUGAAAAGGGUUGUAUAAUUAUGUAA